UGUUCACUUUACGCCUCGGCGUAUUUCUCUCGCUAGACCAAUUGGCCAAUCAGGUGACGCGUUACUGCACCUUUGUUUGUACUCCCAGCCAAUCGACGCCGUCGGUAUGCGUUAUCGCGGAGGUGGGAAGGGCAGUUUUCUGUCAGCUGUGUGUGUGUGUGGGGGGGGGACGUCUAACAAACGCGUCCAGUCGCUAUAAACUGGGUUAUUUUACAGCGCUGCUGUUUGAAACCGUGAUUUUGUAGCUGGGGGAAAAUGGGAGGAAACGGCCCGAGUCAUCUCUCUCAUGAGGACGGUGGUGAAGGCGGCGGGGUUACUUUUGUGAAGGGCAUCCGGCUGUCGGACAGAGUCAUCAACCGCAUGAGAGAGUCUCCGAAGGUGGUGAGUCCUCAGCCUUCAACGAACGGACAUGCUCCUUCACCUCCUCCUGAACCGGUAGUGCCUUCUCUCACUCCAGUCCCUACCACCUUCAUUGAACACGUAUUACCAGUUCUGCCACCUCCUUCUCCUCCUCCUACCCCCAUCUGCAGCCUUCCUCCCCACCAGGAGCAAGUUCCUUCCCCUGCACCAGAACCUCCAUCAGGAGGUCCUCCCUCACCGCCUCCCACUGCCCAACCUAUAAAACUCAUACCCCCUCCCCCCGUUAAGUUUGUUUCCCCACCUCUUCCUGUUGUGGAACCCACUGCCCAUCCUCACCCUGAAGAGUCCAAACCUGAACCUCAAACUUUCUCUGCCAAGUUGGCUGUGGAACCCGAACCACCCUCGAAACCCGCUCCCCAACAGGAAAUGCUUUCCCUGGUUGAGGAAACAACAGUUUCAACUGUGCCUGUGGAACCAGUUUUAUCUGCAGAACCUCAAUCUCCUCUCUCUCAUGUAGAGGAGGUAGUUAUGCCUCCACCUCUGCCUUCAGAACUGCAGGCAGAGCCUCCGGUUGAACUUGUUCAGCCGCAUGAUGAGCUAAUAGGGCUCGUUACACCACCUGUAACUCCACCUGGUCCCGCAGCCCCGGCUGUUACCUCUGAAAUCGUGGGACCAGCACUCCCAGUUACCCUUGCUGAACCUGUUGUCCCAGUUGACUCUGUUGUCUCAGUUGAACCUGCUGUCCCAGUUGAACCUGUAGAACCAUUAGACCUGUCAACCCUCCCACCGGUGGAAUCAGUCCAGUGUAACACCGAACCGACGCCCGCCUUAGUCGCUCCUCCACCUCCCGCCGAGCCUGUAACAGAGCCUACGCACACCCCUACACCCGCCCCUGCCAUGACACCCGUACCCGAACCCACCUCUGAAGAGCCUCCCCUGCCCUGUGUCUCCAUGGAACUGGCUGUCCUGGCCUGUGAUCCACCGGCAGGAGAACCCGCUGCAGAGCCCUCCACCCAAAUUCCACCCACUCCACCUCCCCCAGCGGCCCCUUCCCCCCCUCCAGAAGUUGAAGAUGUAUUUCCUGUCAUCACCUCACCGCCUCCGUCUGUACCAGUGGACGAGGAGGCCUUGAGGAGGGAGAUCCGGGAGCAGCUGCAGAGAGGCCUGCAGCAGGAGAUCAGCCAAAAGGAGAAGGAGCUGCAGAAACAGCUGGAUGAGAUAAAGGCUCAGGCCAGGGCGGAGGCCAGGGCGGCGGCUCGGGCCCAAGCCCAGGAGCGGGUGAAGAAGACGCUGGAGGCGGAGAGAGAGGCCUACAUGGAGAACCUCAAAGACGCCGUCAUGAAGGAGCGCAUGAAGACGGAGGACGAGAAGCUCAUGGCUCAACUCUACGCCCAUAAACUGGACGAGAUGGAGAAAAAGCUGAAGAAACAGGACGUUCUCUUUAGAGACCAUCUGGCAAAACUUGAAGCAAAGAGCGCUCAGUUCUACAAAGCCACUACUGAGAGCUACCAGAAAGGGAAGGAGGAGGCACACCGACGCUUCAGACGUUAUGAUAUCAGCCCAAUAUGUGGUGACCUACAGAGUCAGAUCUUGAAGUGUUACAGAGAGAAUACCGGCAAGACUCUGUCCUGCUCACGCAUCGCCUCGGCCUACAUGCAGUGUGUGGACGACGCCAAGCAGAAUAAGCUGAGAACUGGAGGCUAAUGUGGUCGUCUUGAUGGACAAACCACCCUCUUAUUUCACUGACACGGAUCACUGUCACACCAAAGUGGAGCGGGAUGAAACUCACCAUAACGCUGCAUUCACAUGGAAUCCGUUAAAUGGCAGACUGCAAACCAGAAGUCAUUAUUGUGGAUGAGACCAGGACGGUAAAAAUCAGAUGACACUGGCAAAUUAUGCCAACAAUGGCAACGGCAGAUGGCACUGCCGUCCAAAGUGAAAAUAUUUUAACUUUUUACUGUCCUCCAUGACAGAAUUUACCAUCUCUCAGAUUCCAUGUGAAUGCAGCAUAAGACACAGACCAUUCAAACUGUCCAGUUCAGACAGGAAGGCGGAUGAUGCGGGAGAGCACAGCUUCAGUUCUUAAGUCUGUUAAUUCUUCUUUGUAGAAAAACUUAGUCGAUCAGGCCAUCUCGUUUGAUAGUCUGGUCGUCACAUCUGACCUGAUACUAGGAACACUAGUGGAGACGCUGUAGGUACAGGGUGUUUUCAGUAGGGGAAGUACAAAGUUUCCUGACAUAUUAGUGCCAAUACCAGUGCAAUAGGAAAGGGAUAAUUUCUGCUGCUCAAAUGUGGGUCAAGAGGCAACAUAACCAAAGCGGGUUUGAUUUUUUUUCCAUUUUAACAGAAAAUCAUCAAGCUUAUCUGUGUAACAUAUGUGUCAAAAUUCAUUUUUCUUUUCUGUAUUGCCUAAAAACGAUGUACACCUGUGCCUUAACGCUUUGAGGGCACAGGAUAAAGAUCUCGGCUGCGUGGAUGAGCUCUUCUCAGUGUAAACAAAUGUGCACCACAAAACACACCUUUGGGGGUUUCUGUAUUCUUAAUAAACAAUUCCC